AUUGAAAGGAACUGAUAUUAUGUUGAUUCGAUCACAGUUCCCACAUUUUAAGAGAAACGUUGAUAACUUUAUGGGAAGAUAGUGUAAACUAAUGGGGCAACUCGUGAAGUUCAUUCUGCGUCUCUGUUGGCUGGCAAUUCUUCUGUGUGUAAGAGGAGCUGCGUGCCUUGCACGCACAGUUAGAGGGAACAUUGGACUCAGGCAAGUCAUACCAUUGAUAUGAUAGCGUUGUAGGAAAUUAUGUCCAUUGUCCAGCACUGAGAGGACAGUCAUGUCCAAGGUGUCAACAACAACAACUGUUCAGGAAGGAUGUGGUUCCUCCUCUGACACUCCAUCUGUGAAGGACUUGGUGAAGAUUCUCUUUGGUGGCAAAAGAUUUGGCAACCCAGUGGAUGAGGUUUGGACUAACCUUUUCAUUGGGGACCUGUCUGUAGCCAAUGAUCGAUACAGCAUAUGGAAGCUUGGAAUCACUCAUGUCCUGAAUGCUGCCCAUGGGAGGCAGCACUGCCUAGGGAGCCACGCUUUCUACGGGUCAACAGUGGACUACCAUGGAGUGCCUGCUGACGAUUCACCAUCUUUUGACAUUUCACUGUAUUUCUAUUCCUCUGCCGAUUACAUCCAAGAUGCACUAAACACAGCAGACGCCAGGAUCCUGGUCCACUGUGCUGUAGGUGUGAGUAGGUCUGCUUCUCUGGUGCUGGCCUACUUGAUGAUCCAUCACCACUACUCCUUGCUAGAUGCCAUCACAAAGGUCAAAGAGCACAGGUGGAUCUUUCCAAAUACAGGAUUCCUAAAACAACUCAGAGCGUUGGAUAACAAACUGCACACAAAGAAACAGGAGAAGAAGUGAAUAUGAAGACAGGUCAACAUUAUACUACAA